GGGGGCGGGGCCUCCUUGCCAGCUGCAGGCGGUUCAACCAACACUCUUUCGGUCAAAUGAGAGCUGAAGAGGGGCGGUCCCCCGGUUGGGGUCUAGCCAAUGAGAAGGGCUGGAUGGGCGGACCAGAGUAGAAGCCGCCGGUCCUCUGUUGCGAGCUAAGGUUUGGGGAGUCGGUAGGGGGACCGCGAGUGGAGCGCGGGAGCCCGGGCGGCAGGCGGGUGUGAGCUGCCCGAAAAUGCACUCGGAUGCUGCAGCUGUCAACUUUCAGCUGAACUCUCAUCUCUCAACACUGGCAAACAUUCAUAAGAUCUACCAUACCCUUAACAAGCUAAAUCUGACAGAAGACGUUGGCCAAGACGAUCACCAAACAGGAAGCCUGCGGUCUUGCAGUUCUUCGGACUGCUUUAGCAAAGUGAUGCCACCCAGGAAAAAGAGAAGACCUGCCUCUGGAGACGACUUAUCUGCCAAAAAAAGCAGGCAUGACAGCAUGUAUAGGAAAUACGAGUCAACUAGAAUAAAGACUGAAGAAGAGGCCUUCUCCAGUAAGCGGUGCCUGGAGUGGUUUUAUGAAUAUGCAGGAGCUGAGGAUGCGGUGGGUCCUGAAGGCAUGGAGAAGUUCUGUGAAGACAUUGGUGUUGAACCAGAAAACGUAGUUAUGCUUGUCCUAGCUUGGAAGUUGGAUGCACAAAACAUGGGCUAUUUUACUCUACAGGAGUGGCUGAAAGGAAUGACUUCCCUACAAUGUGAUACAACAGAAAAACUCAGAACCACUUUGGAUUACUUAAGAUCAUUAUUAAACGAUACAACAAACUUUAAGCUCAUUUACAGAUACGCGUUUGACUUUGCACGGGAAAAGGACCAGCGCAGCCUAGACAUAAACACUGCCAAGUGCAUGUUGGGACUGUUAUUAGGAAAAAUCUGGCCCCUUUUUCCAGUUUUUCACCAAUUCUUAGAGCAAUCAAAAUAUAAAGUGAUAAACAAAGACCAGUGGUGCAACGUGCUGGAGUUCAGCAGAACAAUUAGUCUCGACCUCAGCAACUACGAUGAAGACGGAGCAUGGCCAGUUUUGUUGGACGAAUUUGUGGAAUGGUAUAAAGACAAGCAGAUGUCCUAGGACCUUAUGCAUAGCAGCGAGAGUCACUGUUACCACGGUUAUGUCACCCAUUAGCCAUAAACUGCUGUUUGUAUGGAAGCGCAUGCUGCUUUUCUUGCACUGUCUGCCUCUCGCAGGGGUGUGUUGGUGUUUGCUAUUGAAUGGGCCGUUCUGCUUGAUGUGUAGCGUUGUUCUCUUGGAGGCUGCUCUGCAGUUCGUUCUCACACUACAGAUUGGUGAAUUUGCCAACGUCCUCACUGUGAUUAUGUGUAUAUUGCUGUUUAAAUUUUGUAUAUGUGUAUAAAAUGAAAAGCUUCACCUAGAGAUUAUUUCUGCAAAAAUGUAUGGUAAAAAUAAUUUUGUGGCAUAUUUUUAGUCCCCCCCCCCUUUUUUUUUCCAAAUGAACCAGUUAUACUUUAUUUGGUCAGAUGUAGCAUUUCAGAAAACAUAACUGUCCCCACAAGCAAGUAUUGCCAGAAUUAACCUCACUGCUUAAGAGGCCAACUUCUGGAAGAAGUCAAAGCCAUGACUUACUGUGGCAUAAGCCAAAUAUGACUUGGUUUCCUUGACAACUUUGGUAUUUUAAAGUUAUAAAAAGCUAUAAUUUAUGUGAAUGCACAGAUACAUGGCAUGCUACAAAGCUUUCCUAACACAAGAAGUACAGGUUUAUGGAGUUUUCCUUCCCUCCCCCCCUCCCUUAAAUUGCCCCUUAUUUUACAUUGUAGCUGAAGUUUCCGUAAACCUUUUGCUGUUUCCGCUUUGUGUUUGGUCUGCUGCAGCUGCCCGUGCCACUGUAAGUCAAAAGUCCUUUGUCUCUUCCAUGAGCCUCCUGGUUUGCUGGCGGCAGAACUGCAAAGCACUUUGAACUAUGGCUUGAGAUUUUAGUUACCCUUUUAUGGUGUCUGUAACCCCUUCCCUGGGGUUUUGGAGUUUUCUAUUUGUUUGUUUGUUUGUUUGUUUUGUUUUUUGUUUUAAACCACAAGUGAGACGUGUUUGUUUUCUGUCUUUGUUUCUUCCCUGCUGGGUGUCUCCUGGCAACAUGUCCAUUGCAGGCAGUGGACUGGAAACCACCAGCAUUGAACUAACCCUGUUCACAUUGGGAUCUUUCUCGGAGGGGCCACUUGUCAUUCCCUGAGUCACUCACGGGUACAGAAGGGCGAUAGCCAUUAUGUGGAGGGAAACCAGAGCCAACACAGUGGUAGCUGUGAGUUUGUAUCUUAAGUCUCAUGUCUAAGAUUUGUAGUUGGUUGUCUUGCCCCUCUUGCAGAAGUAUACGGUUAACAGGUUUUCCCAACUAUUCGGUGCUAUGACUCACUCAGUCCCUGAAGUUUAUGAAAACACAUCUAAGAUUUAACCCAGAAAAGAGCUAAUGGCUUUUGCUGGGUCAGCGGUUUGGAGGGAUAAGAUCCUCUCCCGCCCAGGCAGGCGAUGACUGAAAGAUGUUGGGAUUAUCGGCCAAAAAAGAAAAAAAAAGUCUUAUACAUUAAAUGUGAACCUUAAAUGGCACUAAAUGAGCGGAGCACACAGACAUUGCUACCCCUGACCACUGUCUUACAGCUCCUUUUCAAAGUGUUGCUAUUUUCAUAUUCUUUCUUUCCCUGAUUGAACCACCAAAGACAGAAAUGUUGUAUGUAUAUAUCGUGUGCGUGCAUAGACAAAAUCAUGAUGUGGUGGAAUGCAAAUCCUUGCCCUUUUCUACCAAAUAAUGAGGUUUGGUUUGCUAUGAAAUCAGAAGUUUAAAAAACCAACAACCCAAUAUUGCUUUAGCCCAGUUAAUCAUCCUCUGUCUGUAGUCUCAAUUACGAAUUAGUAUCUGAGUACAAGGUAAACUCUUGGACAACCACAGCUGUUGAGACUACUUUGUGAAAGGCAUUCCAGUGCAGACAGGUGUGUGACAGUGGGGACUGCUAAAGUCAGGCGCAGCUCUGGGGAGAAGGAUUCCUUUUUCAGUGUUCCCAAGGUUAAAGAGUCAUUCUCUCAGGGUGACUUGUUGAGGUAGAUCAACUGUCGAUUGACGGAUCACAGGCGAGACUGUUUUAAAUGCUGUGUGAGAGUCUAGAGAAUGCUUAAACACUAAGCACAGUGAAUGUGCAAAUAAAGGGGUGUUACCGGGGUGAGGAAUUCCAUUUCAUCUACAGUAAACAUUUUGAUAACAGAGACUCAAGUAAAAACCACCGUGAUGUAUAGGAUGGAAGUCAGCAUUCUGGAGGGGAUGACCAAUAUUUACAACUCCAGAUAAUCUCUGAACUGCCUUGAGAAACAAACCACUGUGACUGUGGCUUGCCUUUGGAUUUCUCAGUUUGUACAGAGCUAUUUUUAAGGGGAGUCAGACCAAGUAAUAAGACAUCUUUUCUUGAAGAAUUGCCAAGUUAUACAAGUUGAAUGAUCACCAAGAGCACUUAUGGCCAUUGUUGGAAGAAGCCAGGGCAGGGUGCCUUCGGUUCUCUAGUACCCGAACUCCAGCCACCCCUGCUCCCUUCACUUGUGUUUCAGGGCGUGGCAACGCCCUCUUGUUGGGGAAUGCAACUUGCAGACGUUUACACUGCACUAGGUAGAAGUUAUCUGGUGGGAUUUGCCAGAUACCCAUGGUAGCCUUAGGCGCGCCUCUUCUGAAGCAUGAACUCGUGAGUUCAGUAUUGAUAACUGAUUAGACAAAUCUCUAGAUUCUGGUUUAACAGAUUUCUGUUGCCUCUAAGUCUCCAUCCUAACCAUACUUUUGAAGUUUAUACAGAAAGCUUUAAGAGUUUAGUUUGUGCCCUUGGUUUUUAUUUUUACAACUGCUAAAAUACCUCUGUAAGCCUUAUCCUUUAUCCUUUCAUAGUUGUAUAAACUUGUAUAGAAUUCAUUGACCAACUGAAAUGUUGGGUAUCUGUAAAUGAGACCAAAAUGUGGGUUGCUUUUUUUCAUAAAAUAAUUUCUAUUGGGCGUUGCUGUGAAAUGAACAGCAGCCAGCCUGUAACUGUGAAUGCCUUGUGUCGUCAGUAUUUGCAUUACAUUCAUAAAAGUGUGCAAGUCCUGUGACUCCCAGCUUAACUAAAAUACUGUUAUGCCACUUAACGAGCACAGCAAACUGGUUUAGAUUUUAAUGGAACUGAUGUAAAAUGAUAGCCCAUAAAUAAACAGAUAUUUGUGUUUGGUUUCAGAACUGA